UCCUUACUUCUUUCUAUCUCUCUCCUACCCCACGUCCCCCUCCUCUCCCCCACGUCCCCCUCCCCUUUCUUCUCCUCUUGCCUUGCACCAUGCACCCGCUGCAGGCCUAACCAACCAGAAAUACAUCCAAGGACCAAGACUGGCACGAUCUCUCACUCAAUAUGCCCGUCCCUACCCCACCCCGCACACCCCUUCUUGCACACCCCAACAAUAACAGCAGUAGCAGUAGCAUUAGCAGCAGCAUAAGCAACAACGCCUGCAGUAGUUCCUAUUCCUCUCCCUGUCUUUCCCCUCGCCUCGCUAUCUCCUCGUCAACAGUUGCUCCGUUGUUCAAUUCGCACUCUUCGCAUUCUCCGCACGCCUCGUAUUCUGCCGACGAGUAUCUUUUUCGAUCGCACCAUAAUAGUACAUUUCCGCCCGACCAAAAAGACCUCAUCCCUGACGCACUUGUAUCCGACCCCUCAUCCCCUGUGUCCAAAGUCACCAUGCCAACUCCAAAUACUAUCUUCGGCGCAUUACAGCCAUCGGGUCUCUUCCCCGCGACUUCCACGACCUCUGGAAUAGAUCUGCGUUCUGUUGGUGACCAUAGGGCAAGCACGCACACCCAACAGGACCAUUUACAGCAGAGUCAACCCCUCCGUCAAUAUCCACAGCAGCAGUCUCAGACCUAUUCGCCAAGUCACCACAACCAUGGCCAUCAUAGCCGUAGCCAUAGCCAUAGCCAUGGCCAUGCGGGCACCCAAUCUGGUCCUGACCCAGCAGUGAUGGAGUUCAUAUCGAAGAUCGGUCAAAUUAUUGUUAAAGCCAGGACAGUCUCACCGAUGGUUUCCUUCGACCAUGCGCCCUUGACGGGAACAGGAUCGGCUGUCUCUCAUAGUUUUGGCUGCUGCAACAAUUCUUCAAUACCGCAGGAACAGAACCUGGGAACGGUCCUUCAGGAUAUAGAUCUAUGGCGCAAUAGCACUCCUGUGCAUGUCAACAUCCUGCACAGUGCUCAGCAUGUGUUGCUGGAGCGAUGGGUCAUAUCGUAUACACCUGCGACUGUGCUGGCAUCAAGCCCAAUAUCCUCAACAGAUGAUUCACCAAGGGGUGCCAAGAGUCCAUACGCCGGGUACCUCUCUCCCAGGACCAAGCAUCUCCAAACCACAUCCGCUCGUUCACCCUCUGGAUCUACAUCCGCAUCUUCAUCAGCUGCGCCCAAGGAUACGACAGAUCUUGUCCUCCUAUUGCAGUCUUUAUAUACCCAGAUCAGAUCGCUACCUCUCCAGAACUGCUUGACAUCGUUUGAAGACAAGAUAAAGUUGACCAAGGCUGACCUUGCCUAUUCCGUCACUUCGGCUCACGAGGAUAUCACCCAGUCUCACCAGGAUAGGACACCACACAUUCAACCUCAGAAUGAUGUCGAGAAUGCAGCCAUCAAGAAUCCUUCGGAGACAGUCUACAAUGCUUUUGUCUCUUCACUAAAGUCGACAUUACCCUUGGAAUUCGUACAGGCAGCAUCUCUUAAGGUCAUCAAUUUCGAGGCAUCACACGUGCAGUGGGGAUGUGUACGAGUAACAGGAAUGUACGACGAAUCCGUUGGCGGGAGGAUUGCGCCUGAGAACUUUCAGGACUCGAUUAUAGUCCAAAAGAAGCGGCAUCAUCGAAGUAAAGGGUCUAGCUUGAGCCAUAGCUCUGACGCUGCCGCUGCCGCCAAGGCUACUAGGCGACAGCAAAAGGACACGGGAUCAUGGACAUCUCUCUCUCAGCCAGUUAAGGCGGAUACAUCGACGGAGUGCGCUGAAGGAUCAGCAUCAGCGCUGCCACCAAAGUCAUCAUCUUGCAAGGCUGCGGAGCAAAUAUCUGGCCCGAAAAGCGAAACCACUUCAGUUCAACCUUCGCACUCAACCUUCUCUCAACAGGCGAACCAAGCUGACUUGUCAGCCUCAAGUUCAGGGGACCAACUGCAUGCUCGACUCCAAUCUUUGAAGAAGAGCAAUGAGCGUAUAUUUUUUUCGCUCUCGCCUUCAAUCGCCCAACCAACCCCCACUGCACCUGAGGGAACCAAAGACCAGCGUUACAUAAGCGUUUUGCAGGAGUCUCUGCUACCAAAGCACGGUACUAAUACACAGAAUAAUGUGCCGAACGAGGAGAGGAUCCAGGAGUAUAAGUUCCCAUCAAUACCGUCACCUCCAUUAUCUAUUCCACAGCCGAGAAAGUCAAUUGCAAGCGACAUACCCAGCCAUUCGGUUUCCCUUCCAGUUUCAGAUUUGGAAAGAAUGCCGACAAAAGUGGGCUACGCUCCGCCCCAUCAUCAGCAACAUCCUACCGCCCUCCAACAUAGCCCGCCCUUUGUACAACAACAGAGUCAUCAUGUCCACUCCCCGUUUUCGACAUCGCCUCUGGCACAUGUGAUCACCCGAAGGAGAUCUUCACGACUUUCGAUCGUCAUGACUUGCAACGAUGACUCACCAGACCCCACAAGGCAGCAAAGCCCAUUGGCAGAAACUGCAACUACGGAUGAACAUGGCCACAACCAAUUGCUAGAUGACGACUCAGAGGAUGCAUCUUCUUAUGGAGCCUCAAGCCAGUUCAGCCGGCGUGGAUCUCUACAGGAUCAGAAACGUCUGAGCCUCUCAGAAGCCCAGCAAAGCAGACCACCUCUCGCACCCUCCCCUACCCGCCCGACAUUUCUCCGCAGGAGCUCGUUGAAUCCGACAUCUUUCUCCCAUGGCGACCUGUUUGGUUCGCUCGUUGGAUCAUAUGAGGAAUCAAUCUUGUCAGGAAGAAUGUCGACGCUGCCGUCAAAACCAUUAAUAUUCACAGCACAAAUUGGUGUUUUGGCCAAUCAGGACUACAAGGAUUGUCCACCCAAGCUACGAUGUCCCAAGCAUGUUCAGUUAGAGUUUCCUGCCGUAUUUUAUGACUAUGAUAGCUCAUCUAGUCACCAUGGGCAUCACCACAACUCUCACCACUCGAUCGCUCACUCUCUGUCGCACCAGCAGUACCUUCACCAUUACUACUCGACUCAGUCGUUCCAAUCGAAGAGCGUUCACACGUUCGGCCAUCACGCCUCCACCAGUCCUUCGCACCACCAACCACUUGGGUCUUUUGCGAGCUCGCCAGCCCUGAGCUCAUAUUUUUCGUCGAGUGCCAACAUGACAAGUUCCUAUGGAUCGGGACCGAGUUCCGUCUCGCAUAACUUUGCGUAUACUUCCCCUGCAACUCACGAUGAUCCAAUACUGCCAUAUGUCGGCAACUUGGAUCUGGACAGCGGAUUCCGAGGAUCACGGCGUUUCGCUCGGAUGCCUGGCGGUAUGCGUAUUCCUCUUCGUGGUCAGGUUCAAGUGAUGAUCAAAAAUCCUAACAAGACCGUGGUUAAGGUAUUCUUGGUACCCUAUGAUUUUACGGACAUGCCACCUGGCACCAAGACCUUCCUCCGUCAAAAGUACUACUCUACAGGCCCUGGAGUCGGACCAGUGACAUCGAACCAAAACAGCAACGGGACUCUGCGCUAUGCAAUUCAUUUACAGUUCUGCUGUCCUGCGCCCGGAUAUGUGUAUUUAUACCGCAGCAUUCGAGUCGUCUUUGCUAAUCGAGUCCCCGACGGCAAAGAGUCCUUACGAGUCGUCUUGGAAGGUCUCGGACUUGGAUCGAGGACGAUCGAGAACCUUGGGACCACGAACAAGGUUCUCUCUACACUAGACACCGUCCCCAGCGAUCCGACACAGACGGGAUCAAAAAAAUUGGAGGAGCGAUAUGUCAAAAUGCGCAAAGGUGAAGUGUCAUUCUGUGCAAGUAAGCGAAAAAUGGAACAGAAUGGCUCUAUAAACCUAUUCAUGGAUAGCGACCCAUUGAUGUCUAUGGCAGGAGGACUCGGUCUUGGACUGGAUAAGGACUAUGUUAAUGCGUCGCGCCCCCAUGACUUCUAUGAACCGUCUUUGGCGUAUCAGCACCGACAGCAAUUGAACUUUGAUGGACAGCCAUACAACGACUACCGGCGCGAAAAUAUGAAUCUUCAGGACAUGGUUAUUGAUCGGGACAUUGGACGAGGUGCAUCGAGUCCGUUUCAUAAGACUCCAAUCCCCAGACGGGCAGGGACCUCUGAACCUCUCAGCCCGACCACGGAUAGAGUCGUUGCAGGGCUGAACGACGAUGAGGGCGCCGAUGAUUACAGGCGGAUCCAGUCAAGUGUACUGAUCGGGCACACGCCUGCAAUCAAAUCCCCUGGUGUCACCCCUAAGGCUGGUAGCAGUUCGUCCUCGAGCGGUGUGUCUCCAUCCUUGUCGACACCAUACGAUUCCAAGGAAUCGUCUUUUUAUUUCAAGUCUGGCCCUAUGGGCAUACUAUGAGCACCAAAUUAAACCAAAAAUAAAAGCGGUCAAUAAAUAGUGUAUUG